CUCCAUACAGUAUUUGGAGCAAGCAGCACGACAAUAGCUUAGUUGAUCCAAGUAUCAAGCCCUGGACCCCUGGUACACUUCUUUCUCAUUGUUGUUACCUUCUGAUGAAUCGAGCUUUAACUUAUUCAGCAAAACAACUUCAAAUGCUCCUUACCGUACCUAAAAAACCAUUCUUUAACAGAAACUCUUUACUCAAACUCACCUUUUCUUCUUCUUCUUCUUCUUCUUCUUCUUCUUCUCUACCAGCCAUACAAGAUUCCGAGUCCAAAUCACUCUCAAACCCUCUCUACCAUUUUCUCCCCCAAACACAAAACCCCAACAAAAUAGUCAAUCUUAUUAGUUCAUCUCUCAAUCAGAGCAAGUCUCAUUUAACCCUGCUUCAGGAUGACAUAAAAGGCCUUCUUCCUCAUCUGGGUGCUCUUGAAAUUUCAAGGGUUUUGCUUCGAUGCCAAUCUGAUUCUGUAAAAGCUCUCACUUUCUUUUACUGGGUUAAAAAUGAUCUGGGUAUCAAGCCUACUACUCAUAACUAUUGUCUAAUUGUCCAUAUAUUGGCUUGGAAUAAAAAUUUCUCGCUAGCAAUGAAAUUGUUGUGUGAACUGAUUGAGUUGGUGAAGGGCAGUUCAGAAAGUGUCGAUGUUUUCCAGGAUUUGGUUUUGCAUACUGAAGAUUGUAAUUGGGAUCCUGUUGUUUUUGAUAUGCUUAUUAAGGCUUAUACAAAAGUAGGUUUGAUUAGAGAAGGUUUUAGGACUUUUAAAAAGACUAUUGAGGUCGGCUUUCUUCCUAGUGUAAUUGCUUGCAAUUGUCUUUUAAAUGGGCUGCUAAAGUCGAAUUGUAUUGAUCAGUGUUGGCAUGUGUAUGAGGACAUGGAGAGAACUGGGAUACACCCGAAUUCGUAUACCUUUAAUAUCUUGACUCAUGUUUUUUGCAAAGGUGGAGGUGUUGAUAAGGUGAAUGAGUUUUUGGAAAAGAUGGAAGAAGAAGGGUUUGAUCCAGAUUUGGUGACGUAUAAUACGCUGAUUAGUAGCUAUUGUAAAAAGGGAAGGUUAACUGAUGCGUUUUAUUUGUAUAGGAUCAUGUACAGGAGAAAUGUGUUGCCUGAUUUGGUUACAUAUACUGCAUUGAUGAAUGGUCUUUGCAAAGAAGGUAAUAUAAAAGAGGCUCAUCAGCUAUUCCAUCAGCUGAUUCAUAGAGGAUUGAAUCCUGAUGUUGUUUCGUAUAAUACUCUUAUUUAUGGCUAUUGCAAAGAGGGAAAGAUACAAGAGUCGAAGUCAUUGCUGUAUGAGAUGAUAGGAAAUGGGAUUUUUCCAGAUAAUUAUGCUUGCCAGGUUAUUGUAGAGGGAUAUGGAAAAGAGGGUAGGCUGCUUUCAGCUCUAAAUUUGGUUGUAGAGCUUCAGAGAUUUGGAGUUUCAAUUUCUAAAACUAUAUAUAAUUAUCUAAUAGUUGCUUUGUGUCAUGAAAAUCGACCAUUUGCAGCUAAGAGUCUUGUGGAAAGGAUUUCUCAGGAAGGUUUUGUGCCUGACAUGGAAAUCUACAAUAAAUUGAUCGAGUCUCUUUGUGAAAGUGAUUCUGUGACCAAUGCAUUUAUCCUGAAAGAUGAGAUGGUGGAUAGAAAUAUGAAACCAAGUCUUUUUACAUAUAGAUCUCUGAUACACUGCUUGUGUAGAACUAGCAGAAGUGAGGAGGCUUUAUCCUUGUUGAGAGAAAUGCUUGAAUUUGGUGUGCAACCUGAUGCACAGAUAUGCCGGGCAUUAAUACAGGGAUACUGCAAAGAAAGGGAUGUUAAUAAAGCAGAAUCAUUACUGGGCUUCUUUGCCAAGGAGUUUCAAAUUUUUGAUACUGAAAGUUACAAUGCAGUUUUCAGCAUCGUUUCUGAAGAUGGUGAUCUGUCAAAGUUGAUGGGGCUGCAACAUAGGUUAUUGAAACUGGGGUAUGCACCAAAUAGGCGUACAUGCAAGUAUGUGAUCCAUGGUCUAUGGAAAGGAAUAGAAUUAGAAAAGCACAAGCUUCAGGUGGAAUGAAAAAUAGCGGCAACUUUUGACGGGAUGACGCUUGUCUUCCCUGGAUAGAUGAUUAUAGGUUCAGUUUAUCUAUAGUUUACUGUGUGAAGUGGAUGACAAAGUUUUGGAAGUUACUAUUGCUCAACAGCAACAUCAGAACAAGGUAACCUAAUGACAAGUCCCCUGACUGUGUCAGAUUCGUGUGAUAUAUGGAAAUGCGAAUAAUACUCACCAAGUGUAGUUAGUAGAGUAUGCAGAAUCAGUUAAUAUGAAUCUAGAAAUUUCUAUCUUAAACUUAUUGUAUCAUCCAAUUUUUCAAUAAAAAAUUUGAUUCA